CCGGCUGCCUUCUCUCUCUCUCCUCGCGCGCCAAUAUCCACCGCCCUCGAAGAAAAGAGGAAAAAAGUGAAAAAAAAGCCGACGAUGUCGUGGUUUAGGUCAGCCGUGAGCAAAGCGGUGGAGGUCGGCAACAAGAACAACAUCACUCGCGCCGUCAGGAACUACGCCGACUCCGUGGUCCACCACGCCGGUCAGGCCGUCUCUGAAGGAGCCAAGAUCCUGCAAGAUCGCAUGGGGCCUCGAAAUUUUAAAAGUGUGAAGAAUACAGUGAAAAGAUUGGAAGAUGCUGCUGUUUCAUACAGAGGUCCUGAAAGAGUUCAGUUACUUAAAAGAUGGGUGGCUGUGCUCAAGGAUGUUGAAAAAUCAUAUGGAGGUACUGCUGAAGAGAAAGAAAAGAACCUCGAGCAGAAUCUUGCUCCUGAUGAAGCGCAGGAUAGUCCAAAAAGUCUGUCAAUGGUUCUCUAUUAUGAUCCUGAUGUUGGGGGCAAACCGAUGAAUUUUCGUGAUGUUUUUCUUCAGAGUCAGGCUUUGGAGGGCAUUAUUUUAUCCAUGAUUCUUGAAGCUCCAAAUGAGGAAGAGGUUGCUUUGCUCCUUGACAUGUUUGGGCUGUGUCUUACUGGAGGAAAGGAAGUUCAUAACGCUAUUGUGAGCAGUAUACAGGAUUUGGCACAAGCUUUCUCGGGUUAUCGAGAUGAAGUGUUGGUGAAGCGAGAGGAACUGCUUCAGUUUGCACAGAGUGCCAUUUCAGGCUUAAAAGUAAAUUCUGAUCUUGGAAGAAUAGAUGCUGAAACCUCUAGACUAAAGAAAAAACUUGACGAACUGAGUGUUUCCCAGAAGGCUUCCAGUGCAGACAGUGAUGGAGCACCUGGAGAGGCAACUUUAACCACCAUAGUGGAGUUGAAAGAAGCUCUUGCAAAAAUCCGAGUCUGUUCAAGGAUGGAAGGGCUUCUGCUAAAGAAAAAGAAUUUAAAUAAUGGAGAUUCUUCGGAGAUUCAUGCCCAAAAGGUUGAUAAGUUGAAGGUCUUGUCAGAGUCUCUUGCCAGCUCAGUGACAAAAGCUGAAAAGCGCAUUUCAGACCACAGAUCACAGAAAGAUGAAGCAUUACAAGUUCGUGCGGCUAAGGCUAGUGAAGUCGGUGAGAAAGAGAAGGAAAUUGCAUCUGAGAUUUCUGGACUUGAGAAACAAAGAGAUCAGCUUGAGGCUGAAUUGAAAAAGGUUAAUAUCUCCUUGGCUGCUGCUCAAGCUCGCCUUCGUAAUAUUAUGGAAGAGAGAGACCAAUUUGAUGAAGCAAACAAUCAAAUUGUUGUGCACUUGAAAACUAAGGAAGAUGAGCUGUCAAAAACCAUCACAUCAUGUAAGGUUGAAGCUGAGGUUCUCAGUACAUGGAUUAAUUUUCUGGAAGAUACUUGGGUUCUCCAAUGCUCAUAUGCAGAAGUGAGGGAGAAGCUGGUCAACGAUGAAUUGGAGAGACAUGAGGACUAUUUUGUGAACUUGGCUGUUCAGCUCCUCUCCACUUACAAGAAAGAGCUGGGACCUGCUAUAAUUCGUAUUGAAAAAUUUGUGGAGAAUUUAAAGAACUUGAGUGAAGGUUCUGAUGUCAUUUCUAGUGCGGGAAAUGAGGAGUCUAAAACAGUUCACCCCAGGAAACAUCUUGAGGAGGAGUAUUUAGAUUAUGAAGCCAAGAUCGUAACGACAUUCAGUGUAGUGGAUAAUAUGAAGGAGCAAUUCUAUACUCAACGAAGUGAAAUAUCAAGGAAAGACGACCAGAAAGUGAAGGAGUUAUUUGAUGACAUUGAAAAGUUGAGAGCAGAAUUCGAAUCUAUUGAGAGACCCAAUCUGGAAAUGGAGACCCCAACCCCCAAGGAAGAAACUCCUCGAGAGACGCAAUCUGCAGUACUGCCAGAUUCUGUGACACAGAGUGACGAGACUCCAAAAACCAACGUAAUUAAGCAUCGUGAGUCUCCUGUGUCAAAUGCAGAGCCAGUGCUAGACACUGAAGCAGAAUUAGCCAAGUUGGAGUCCGAGUUUGGGAAGGUGAGUAAGGACUAUUCAACAGAGGAGAUUGGUGGCUGGGAGUUUGACGAGCUUGAAAGAGAGCUGAGAUCUGGCGAUUGAGCGACCAGUAACUACAAGUCUAAAGCUAUCAUCUAUGUGAAAAGUGGUUUUUCCUAAGGAAAUCCUAAUGAAAAUGCUUCAUACUGUACAACUAUGGAUCUCGUCUCUCGAAAGCUGCAGGAGCAGCCUUACAAACUUUAAAUUUAUUCAUUCUUCUGUAAAUUCCUGGAAUGUAAGAUGUAACCUAGUACUCGUUGGAGAUCCCCGUAUGGAAGUACUAUAUUGUUUAGGUUAAAGAAACACGAAUCCUUUGCCA